UUUUAAUACGUACCUCACAAUUGUACUCUCGAAUCGCAUGUGUUGUCCCUCUGCACCUUCCUUUUCCUACCUUCGCAUAAUCGCGAAAUCAGAUCGGUGAACCCCUGAUCUCUUCAUUCUGACCCAUCAGUUCAAUUCACAUAACCAGGGAGAAGCAGAAAUCAGAAGGCAAAAAAGUGACAAUGUCAGGUUCCACCAUGGUGGGAGAUCCAAGCUCGUGGUCACGCGCGUUGGUGAAGAUCUCUCCUUAUACAUUCUCUGCCAUUGGCAUCGCCAUCGCCAUCGGCGUGUCAGUCCUCGGUGCCGCUUGGGGGAUUUACAUAACUGGAAGCAGUUUGAUUGGAGCUGCAAUCAAGGCUCCUCGUAUUACUUCUAAGAAUCUCAUCAGUGUAAUCUUUUGUGAGGCUGUUGCUAUAUAUGGUGUCAUUGUGGCUAUUAUUCUACAAACCAAAUUGGAGAGUGUUCCCUCCUCACAGAUUUAUGCCCCAGAAUCUCUUAGAGCUGGAUAUGCAAUUUUUGCCUCUGGGAUCAUUGUGGGCUUUGCAAAUCUUGUCUGUGGGCUGUGUGUAGGAAUAAUUGGAAGCAGCUGUGCAUUAUCUGAUGCCCAGAAUUCCUCUCUUUUCGUGAAAAUUCUCGUGAUUGAGAUCUUCGGUAGUGCACUUGGGUUGUUUGGAGUGAUUGUGGGAAUAAUCAUGUCAGCUCAAGCUACAUGGCCUGCAAAAGUGUAAUUAUUGUUCUUACCAGAACAUGAAAAAUCAAUCAUGGUUGAGUUAAAUACAUUUCUAUAUGUGCCAAAUGAACUAUGUAUUUUAUUCAUUUAAUGUUUCUUAUUAGGCUUGUAACAACUGGUGGAAAGAGAUGCUAUCUUUUUCUAGAUUCUAGUUUUAGAUUGCACUUGUCCGGCUGAAAAAUAAGAUAUUGGGAAAAGAAGCAUUGGUGUUUGGUAGACAAUGUUGCUAUAGCAGCUUGCAUGUGAUGUUUCCAGUCAUGGAUUCCUCCUGGUGGUUGAUUUUGACCUUGUAGAGUCGGGAAAGAGGGUUGUUUAGUUUACUAGUAAUAAAAGUGAUUGAACAUUUUUCAGCCUAA